AGAAUGAGUAACAUUUACAUUCAGGAGCCCCCAACCUCGGGCAAAGUGCUGCUUAAGACUUCUGUAGGCGACAUAGACAUUGAACUUUGGACCAGAGAGUGCCCAAAAGCAUGUCGCAACUUCAUUCAGCUCUGCAUGGAGGGCUACUACAAUGGCACAACAUUUCACCGACUGGUCAAGGGCUUCAUUGUCCAAGGAGGAGAUCCGAAUGGCGAUGGCACUGGCGGGGAAUCCAUUUACGGGCAUCCUUUUAAAGAUGAAUUCCAUUCACGAUUACGUUAUUCACGACGCGGCUUGGUGGGCAUGGCAAAUUCUGGAAAAGAUGAUAAUGCAUCGCAGUUCUUCUUUACCUUUGCGCCAACGCCUGAGUUGGAAAAUAAGAACACGCUAUUUGGCAAAGUAACAGGCGAUACGGUUUACAACAUGCUAAAGCUAGAGGAGGGCAUUGUCGAUCAUCAAGAGCGACCAAUGUAUUCACAUCGCAUUAUAUCUGCGGAGGUGCUUAGCAAUCCGUUUAAUGACAUUGUGCCUCGUGCAUUGACAAAAGCAGAUACAAAGCCGAAAAAGAGCAAAAAACAAAAGGAAGGAGUCAAAAAUUUCGGAUUACUUUCCUUUGGCGAAGAGGCCGAGGGGGACGAAGAAGAAACAACCAUAUUCGUUAAAAAAAAUGCUGGCAAAGCCAAGUCUUUGCAUGAUGUAGCAGAUGAUCCUAAACUAAGUAAGGAAGCAAUCAAAGUGCCCAAAUUAGAACGCGCAAUAAGCGAGGAACAACUCUCUGAUGAUUGUAAUGAACCUACACCAAAACUAACAACUAAUCCCACCGAUAUUAAAAACAAACUCGCUAGUGCAACCAGCAAGAAAAUAGAGAAACCCAUCAAACAUAAAGUGGUUAAAAGCGACCCGGAAGAGGACGACGAAAAAGACAUUCUGCUGACUCAAGAGCAGGAACAAAAUCAAAAGAAUUUGAAAGAAAAAUCAAAAAUACGUGAAGAGAUUGCGAGUCUAAAGCGGCAGUAUCAAACGGAUAAGAUGACCAAGGAUAAGUUCCUAGAAAAAGAAGCUGAGAAAAACUCAAAAAGUACUGAUAUUAAAGGAGCAAGUGAUAAUCAAUAUAUACACGACUUUAUACAGUCUAAGGAACUCUACACUACCAAGUCCAAAAGUACACUAAAAGGGCAAAAUAGGGAGGACUUUACCUUGAGCAUAUUAUCUAAGUUUAAAUCAAAGCUUGGUAACUUCAAAAAUAAAUCUAGUUCUGAGACCACUAAAGAGGAGCCCUCUAAUUUGGACGAAGCUGAACUUGAAAAGGAAAUCGCCAGCGACGAUUGGCUUGCUCACAACUUAAAUUUUAAUAACGAUGUACCUGUACUGGCCAAAGAUGCUUCCACAAAAGGUGACGACUGGUAUGAUGCCUACGAUCCACGAAAUCCUCUCAACAAACGAAAACGCGGUGCUGAUAAAAGCCACAAAUCCAGCAGCUCUAAAUCGUCGAAGCGAAAUAAUUGAAUAA